AUGCACAUCACAGCUGCGUCCAUCUUGCAGAGAUACGACACAGCAUUACCGGUACUCCAGCCAGCCCCCUUGUUCAUAUCUCCAGCCAAGGAGCUGCCGUCAAGCCAACCGCAGCAUCUCUCGAACGGGCAACGUCCCGACGUGCAGUGCACGAAAGCUUCCAGCGAGCAAUCUCCUCCAACCUCUCGGACACAAGACCAGUCGGCCGUCCAGUCGUCCGAGCCAGAAGAAUCGUCAAGAGGCGUUGGUGCGAAGGCUGAGAAGCAGCCCAUGAACAAUGUUGAGACCAUCCCUUGUUCUUCGUUUCUGCCCAAAAUGGCACCUCAUGGUGGGAGUCCGUCCUUAUUUCUCGCCUCGCACAAGAACACUGGUGUCACUAUUCACAAAAGCUCAACGGCCCAAGUCGCAGUGCCACUGGUGGCUCCGUCCAGAGAGAAAUUGCACAGCAGCGCGGAAAGCAAAAUCAGGGCGUCUCAAGCACGACCGCCUCAGUCUCUUUUGGCUAAAACACCACAAUCAAACGGCAUUGUUGACCGACCGUCAGUACCUCAGCCUCGAGCAGAUGAUCUUACAUCCGGCAAAGUGCCAACACAACCGGCCGAGCGACGAAAAGGCUCGUCGUCGGAUGCAAACAAGGACCCUAAGGACGAAGCUGUCUCUCCUACUCCAGGCCCAGUGGCUCCUCACAGCAGACGCCGAGAACCCCCCAGGACCUUACCUACUCCAUCUCAGGAAGAGGUGAUUGGAUGCGCAUUGAUCGGCUCGUUUGGUCGUUUGGGGGUCGAGACGCAUCUAUGGGAGAAGAUCCUCAUGUCGUUCAAUCGCAUGGAUCGCAACGCACUGAUGGCCACCAAUUCCACAAUGUUCGAGCUCAUCAGCGACUUGAUGGUGAUCAUUACGACUCCACGAAACCAAGGAAAAGACGAUCAUCAUCGCCGGACCAUUGCCAUCGGUCGGCAGUUGGUCUCUUACCAUCCUACUACUGCCAUCCGUACGCCAGGUACAUACGUCGACGCAUUCGAGAAUUCGACGGCGAGGACUGUUCAGAUUUUCGGUUACAACUUCUGGACCUUUCGUGAGUUUCGAGAUGCUCUCUAUGCGGCAGCAACAGAGGCAUCCGCCAAAGUCGAGCGACUCGAGUUUGUCGGGUGCAUAUAUGUAGAUCAUGAGCUUCUUGGUCGGCUUCGAGACUUGUUCCCUUGGCUUCGUCAUGUCUCCAUCUUCAACUGUGCGCGGUUCGAUCUUCAAUGGGCUCUUGGGGCAAAGGCCAACGAGUUCGAUGACCUCCCCUUCGAGAUCGAUAUCGAUUUUGCUGAGCCGUCCCGCGACAAUGCGGCCCUACAUGAAUACAGUUCUCCAGGUGCUGUAGGAUGGACCGACGGCACUGUGUUCAAUGCUCUACUGCAGUGGCUUAUCACCGUCGAAGGUCGUCCUCUAGCGUGCCAUCAACCUAUGAUGCUCCACCACAUCUUCUUGAGGCUGAACAAACAGUACAUAGGACUGUUCCGAACCAAGGACUUGUUCGCCAUGAGGCUGGGUCGACAGCCCGCAUUCCCAAAGGACUUGAUCGCAGCAGUGUUAUGCGGAGACACUCGCGCAAAGACGCACUUGCAAUACAGCAUGCUGCGAUGGCAAAGUCCAACCAGAAACCUUUCUUCUAAAGAUUGUGCAGGACAUUUCAACGUCAAGCAGGAGAACUCGCUACCUUGUGGCCAUUGCAACAAUCUCUCGGACGAAGAGGUCAUCGAAGAAGACUCUCAGUUCUACACCAAGCAUAUAGCAAUGUUCUUCUCCAAGACAACUCGAGAUCGAAUCAGAAAGGAAGGUCCAGACGGAGAUCUUACGUGCUACCUUGGUGGUGGCAUGUUCGCUGCAGAACAGUUCCAAGACGACAUUACGACCGCUGCCAGAGACGACAUCACCUUCUCGUCCACUGCACUAAUCAGCAAAGUUCUGGAGAUGAAAAAGACUCAAGAUUCCCUGCCGAACCUCCAGAGACCGACACCAGACGGGCUCAAGGCCCUGAAGACAAUCCUGCAGCGUACAUCCGACCAGAAAGUGAAGAUCCUUGCGGGGAACUAUGCGUGGGACAGUCAGUUCGCUAGCCAUGUCGCCCUUUCGAAAUCCAGUUCGUCCGCUGCGGGCCUCGAGUUGUGGCGGUCUUACCUCGAAGCCAAGUCUCGAGCAUCGACAGCGCAGCCUCCUCGUACCAAAGAGUCCGCUGCAUCCACUACAAAAGCACCCUCUCAAUCGGCAACUAGACCGUCAGCUCUACCAACGACUAGAGCACCCAACGAACCGACGACCAAAGUAGCUGCCCACUCGACGACCAAAGCACCCAGCGAACCGACGACCAAAGCAGCUGCUCACUCGACGGCCAAAGUGUCUAACGAAUCGAAUACCAAUGCACCUGUCCACUCGACGACCAAAGAGUCAAUUAUGUCUACGACCGGAGGACCUACUCGUCAGCCGAAAGGCAAAGCACCAACUCCAUCGACGAACGACAUGAUACCCACCUUCAUUAUGAGCAAAGUCUCAACAAACCGGCCAACGAGCAGAUGCCCACCAAACACACAGAUUCAGGUACCAGGCUCAUCAUCAGCCAAAGAGCCAGCUGUGGAGACCACUGCCGAGGUUCUCCGUCUAGUGUGCGCAUUCAAUUUAACAGGCAACGGUCCAUGGAACCCCCGGUGCACUGCUCCAUGUGUCGAUGAGGCUUGCGACUCGAAGUACCACAUUUGCAAGACUUAUUGGUCCGGGGUGAAGAAGGAUGGGGACCAUACCGCCUGCAAGCAUGGGGGUGAAGGUGUCUUGCACUGGGAUAAUACCUGUAAAGCUCAAGUGAUCCAUAUACUCCCAAGCUGUGCAUUUGAGAUGCCAGACAAGACCAGCCAAGGGAUUAACUGCAAGGGAAACUGUCACUAUGGGCAUCAAAAGGACAGCACUGCUGCGGCGUUUCGAGUGAGGAAGAGCAAGUUCGCCGAAUUUCGCAGACGUCGAAUCUCAAAUUACAGAUCGUAG